ACCAAAAUUUUGGACAUAUCUGAACUUGUUCUCCUAUUUAAUGAGAUAUGCCUCUCUAGUUAAGAGUACUUGUACUCCAGCAAACAACAUAUCGAGGGGGGGAGAGAUGGCAGCUAAGGUCGAAAUCCCAUUUCUUGAUAUCUCUGGGGAAGCUUUGGCAGGCUUAGAAGUUAAGAGUGAGAAGUGGAAAGAAUUGUGUAACCAAGUUAGAGAGGCAUGUGAGACUCACGGGAUCUUCUUUUUGGUUUAUGAUAAGAUUCCUACUAGCCUACGUGAAGAAAUGUUUGUUGCCCUGAAGGCACUGUUUGAUCUUCCCGAGGAGACAAAGAACAAGCACGUCAAUCCUAAGCCAUAUCGAAGUUACUUAGGUAACUGUCCUGUAAUUCCUUUUCAUGAGAGCUUUGGUGUUGAUGAUGCUCCAACUCUUGACGCUUCUCAAGCUUUUACCAACCUUAUGUGGCCAGAAGGGAACCCAAGUUUCUGUGAGACCAUCCAUGGCAUGAGCUCUAAGAUGCAAGAACUGAAUUUUCUGGUGAUGAAAAUGAUAUACGAAAGCUUUGACAUUGAAAAGCUCUAUGACUCUUUCGUUGAGGAAACCACCAGUAUAUUUCGAAUAAUGAAGUAUAAAGUUCCUCCAAGUGCGACGGACUCGUCCAUCGGUCUAGUGGCUCACACUGACAAAAAUGCCAUCACCAUUUUAUGCCAAAAUGAAGUUCAGGGUCUUGAGAUUCAAACCAAGAAUGGAGAUUGGGCUCAAGUCAUGGUUCCAGAGAAUGCUUUCACAGCUGUUGUUGGUGACGCCCUCAAGGCAUGGAGCAAUGGCAGACUUCACGCAGCAAGGCAUAGGGUGGUGAUUAGCGGGGAAAAAGACAGGUAUUCUUGUGGACUGUUUUCAAUGCCGAAGGAGGAAGCAGUAGUUGAGGUGCCAGAUGAACUCGUGGACAAGGAGCAUCCUCUUCAAUACAGGCCAUUUAAUUAUUCAGAUUAUAUCUCCUACUUUGUUUCCAAACUAAGUGAUGAUGCGUUGGAGAUAUAUGCUGGCAUUUGAAGACUUUGUCGGGUCGCCCAACUACUCUUUUAUAAUUAAUACCUUGUUGCUAAUCAUGUUAAUUGCCCUACUUCGAUAUAAUA